CCGACUCCGACUCGCACGCUCGUCGUCGACUCGUCGUCUUCCCUUUCCGUCCCUCCCUCUCCCCAAGCUCCGUCGCAGUCCCGCAUCGCCUCCCUCGCUCCAGAUCAAAACCCUAACCCUAGGAGCACCUACGGCCUCGCCGUCGACUGGCGCGCGUCCCCGGCGACCCUGCUCGGGAUCUCCUCGGAGAGGGGAGGAAGGGGGAGGCGAUGGGCGGCGCGAUCUCCGGCGGCGCAGCGGCGACGGGGGAGUACCCGGUGGUUCUCAACGUGUACGACCUCACGCCGCUAAACAACUACGUCCACUGGUGCGGGCUCGGCAUCUUCCACUCCGCCGUCGAAGUCCAUGGAUCGGAGUACAGUUUUGGAGCUCAUGACCUUCCAACAAGUGGUGUUUUUGAGGUUGAACCAAAGAGCUGCCCAGGAUUCUUGUACAGAUCUUCAAUUUUCAUAGGCCGUACAAGUCUACAUCCCUUGGAAUUUCGAGAUUUCAUUCAGAGAAUGGCCUCGGAGUAUCAUGGGGAUACAUACCACCUCAUUUCUAAGAAUUGUAACCACUUCACAGAUGAUCUCAGCACCAGAUUGACAGGAAAGCCAAUUCCUGGUUGGGUUAACCGACUUGCUAAGCUAGGUGCAUUUUGCAACUGCCUUCUACCAGAAAGUAUGCGGUUGGACUCAACUGAGACAAAGAACCUCACGGACUACCAUUUCUCUGAUGAUUCCAACUUAACCAUCAAUGACAACUUUGACGAUGAUGACAUUGAAGACAAACACUUGCUUUCCGAAUCUUCUGUCAGUGAAAAUGCAAUUGUAAAGGAAGUCCACAGGUGAAAGUUGCUUAAGCCAUGCAGAAUAGUUCAGUGUGCAGUUUAUCAUUCAUUUUGUACAUUGUAAUUUCUGUAUUCCGAAAUGUAACAUGCCCAUUCUAUUGUAUUUAAGUAUUGUACAUACAUUCAAUGGCGGGUUUGGUGUCCUGGUUUCUUCUCAUUCCUUGUACAAUACAGUAAUACCAUACUGCCCUCCCUAACUAUACUGAGAUUCAGAGCCAGUGUGUAAUCUUAUUCCAUUUUCUUGCAAGUCAAGCAAGGAGGCAUGGUUCCUGAAAACUGCUAUGUUACUAUCAAUGUUCAGCGUGGUUCUUUUUUCCUCC